CGUAUUUCUGAACGUCUUUGUGUUUUUGUUAUCGAUCGACUUCGCAUGUAAGCCAAACUUCGGUAAUCAAUCAGCUGGUUAUGUGAGGAACUGAGCAAAGAACCAAAAGCAGAUAAAAACAAAUGACAGGGAACUCGCGUUCGCAGAUCUAGAAUGUGCUAAUUCAUCAAUCGAAAUCGGUCCCGUUUAGCUACGUUCGAGAAAAAUGUCCCGCUGCAUGUUAAGUCCGCUACGGUUUUAUCGCACCACUCCCGGGUUGCAGCACUUUCUGCCCACCUUCGCGCGGGCGUGUUUGUUUGCAUCGGAUUCCUCCUCAACCGCGUCAGGAAAUGGUGCAAACGGAGGGGGCGGUAAGGGAUUUGUUCGAAAUACAACUAUUCUGGUGCAGCAAGGAUGCGACAUCCAGGAACUGCCCGUCGUGGUGCGGAAGGUAGCCGAGGAUGAGUUUGUGGCGCUGAUUUCCAACAAAGUCAUCGAUAAUCAACCGACGCCGCCCAUUGGCCAGAGCGUAGCCACCAUGAGUCAUUCUGAGGGAAACGUUUCGCUCGAGGAAAAGGCGGAGGCAAUCGAUGCUUGUCAAACCGCUGCAGGAGUUUGCUCGGUUGUCGAAGCGCUCAGCGAGCAGGAGUUUUUUCCCGAAAUUGCCGUAAGGGCGAUGGAGAAGAUUUUGAGGGUUGAGACCCUGCUGGAGUUGAAAGGUUUGGAAGGCAAACCGCAUUAUGAGCAGAUCAUCAACUGCAUCAUCUUUCGGGGAGACAACGAAACAGUGUUGAACGUGUUGGACGGGAUGAGAAACUAUAUGGAGUUGGCUAAAACGAUCGAUAUGCUGGGGAAUGAAUUGGUGUACCGUUGUUCCGAGAACAAAUUAACCAUUGAACAAUGCUGCGAAGCCGUCGAGAUCUUAACUCAAUGCAAGAGAUACGAGAUGGCGGAGAAGUUUUGGAGCGGAAUUGCUGAUCAGGAGAAGCAAAUCAACGAUAAAAACGUCCACCAGGUAUUUGCUAUUUUGCCAUACUUGAAGAUUAGCCGAAAAGCAGUAUUAAACAUUUUGGAGCGUCGCAUACCCUCCGUUUGGUGGCAAAUGACGGCAAACGGUGCGAUGGAUGUGCUUCAGUCGUUGGAAGCGUGCAAAAUUUCACCGUUCAGAAUCACUCAAACCUUUGCUCGAUGGCUCAAUACGAAUAUCCACGCGGUUACAGAAGCCCAACUGGAGGCUAUACUUGAAUCGUUUAAUAAUUUAUCUUAUUCUGAUAAUCAAAUCGAACGGUCAAUGGCGAGAUACGUUAAGGCGAAGGGUGUUAAAAUAAAAUCACAAAGUCUGAUAGUCACUAUGCUUAGGCACUGCCAGCUAUUCCGACUAAGGAAUCCAGAUAUUUUGAACGGCUGCAGUGAAUUUUUCAUUGCCAAUCAUCAAAGUUUGGAUCCGGGCUAUUUACGGGCUGUUCUGUGUCCAUUCGGCUGGCUCGAUUUUCAGACGGUGAAUAGCAAUAAAUUCUGGGAAACGAUGGACAUGUUUCUGGAUCUCAAUUUCACCAAAAUACAUCCAAUGGAAAUCAUCGAUAUAAUGUUCUGUUACGUAACCCUGGAAAAGUAUCCCUUAAACUUCGUAAAUCGUAUUUUCAAUCCAUACUUUCUGGAUGUGCUACAUGCUCGUACACGACCCGAGCAGCUGGACCGGGUGCGAAGUAUGCUCAAAGUUUUCGACACCAGUUUAGCACUGGAGUGUCCAGAUUACGAUGGACCACUGCUACCGCGUGAUCAUUCUGCUAAAUCAGUUUUUCAUGAUGGUCGCAUCAAACGAAUUGUAAACUUCAUCACCCCAGAGCUGGAAGAGCUAGCAGGUGGACCAGGCUGUAUGACCAAGUUCACCAUCCUGCAGCAUUUGCCGAUGAACGAGCUGUAUCUGGUGGAUGUGCUACUCCACCCCUCCGGGAUGGGGAACAUUUUUUCGCUGAACACCAUGAAGGAACGAAACAUCAACGUUGCGCUUCUAAUUCAUUUGCCAGAGUACUACAACAGCACGGGCGAAUAUCUGAUCGGACCACAGGCUAUGAGGAUCAGACAGCUGAGACGGCUCGGUUUGAAGGUGGUUACGCUUAAGUUUGACGUGGUGUACAAACUCAAAGUGCACCCGAAGGAACUCCGAAAGUAUUUGGUGGAAAGACUGAAGGAAGCUAUGGAAGCUCUGCCUCCGCCGAAGAGUGGGUUGGACAAACAUUCGAAAUAAGCUACAGAGAUUAGGAAGAGUUAGGAAACAAAAAACCCUAUCGAUUGUGCUACAAAUAUUAAAUAAUAUUUAUUUGAAAAUUGGAAAGAGUAUAAGAAUCGAUUAAUCCCAACGAAUGGUUAUAUACUCUGACGAUAUAUUCAAAAUUCUAGCGGUUUUUUGUGCACGAUUUGUUGGAUGUACCCGUACAUUGUGAAAAAAUGUGAUGUAAUGCGCAGUUAGAUGAAGGAACAUAAUGUUUGUUUCCAAAACAAUAAACGUUCAGAUCCCAAUAUAGAUUUUUAUAA